AUGGACGUGGCCAUGCCUCAACCAGCGCAGCCAUUGCCCACCACUCCGGCUCGUCCAGCUUCCCCCGCCAGUCCAGCACAAUCGCGCUCGCCCAUUGUUCUGUCAGAAGCCUGGAAACAGCUCCAUCUCUCCUCGCCAUCUCAAAAUGCUAGCUCGUCUUCCUCUCAUAUCCGACCAACGCAAUCUGCCAACGACGAUGACGAUGCCGACUCCUCCGACGACGGGUUUCUCUCGGACCACAGCGACGAGAUUCAUCCCGAGACGGGCUUCGACCCCUUUCUUGCUGCAACAAGAAGAGCGAGGCAGCAGUCAAGCUCGUCUCUUCUAGCGCCUCAGCCCGCGCUCUCUGCCACUGCCCCCUCUCCCAUCCCUUCGUCCUCGGAUUCAUCCCCGGCGACGUCCAGCGACAGCGUAGUCACCACCGAGGCGCCCCUCAACCAGCACGAACAACUCCAACGUCAAGAAGCCUAUCGAUGGGGUCGAAUCGCAAAGUACUGGUACAAAGUCGUAGACGAAGUCAUGCUUCAGCCCAAAGCCGCAAAACAAGGCACCAUCGAUCUCAGCAGCAAAGACAUCACCGACAUCCUCCCCACCAUUGCCGACCUCUCCCGCUUUGUAGCUCUCGCUCCUCCUCGAUACGAUCCAGACGAUGCACCCGAGGCUCGCUCCUCUGCUGAACCGCAAACCUUGCUGCAAUCCAAGACCGGUGGUCUCGUUCGCCACGAAUCGUACCUCGCUCCCUUCAGCGCCCACAUCCACAACGACGCGGUCUCUUCCCAUCGGACCGGCACGACAGCGCAGCGGACCUUGUCGCGCAGUCAGUCGGCAUUCAUGCCCACCAUGGGCCGAGCUCAUUCCUUUGCCCGAAGCAGCAGUGCCAUGAGCGGUCUCAGCUCCAAAUCUGCUGGCUCGUAUCGCGAUCACCGCGACCGUCAGGCCACCCUCAGUAUCUUCCUCGCCUCCAAUGCGCUCACUCGGCUUCCAAGCGCACUCUUUCAGCUUCAGAACCUGCGCGUCCUCUCGCUGCGGUCCAACAAGCUCAAAGUCCUUCCGCCCGCCAUCGGCGAUCUGCACAACCUCUCUGAGCUCCACGUUCCUAACAACGAGCUCCAGUACCUACCAGCCGAGAUCCUCCGUCUCAAGCUGGAUGUCUUCACCUGGUUCCCCAACCCCUACCUCGUCAAGCCACCUCAAACUGGCGUUCUGACGGUUCGCGCCAUGCUAUGCCACGGCGCACGACGCAUUCGUCAGCAACCAUCGCUCAACCAGCUUGCAGAGCUGGACGACAUCGACGAGGCUGCUGAUGAUGCUUCGACCACGCCGGUUCGCACUGAUUUCGGCAACGACGGAGGGGAAAUCGUUUCCGUCCCCGUUUCACAGCAGCCACCUCCUCUGAUUCGUGCACCUGCCACCGGCUCAGCUCGUCAGCUGCGGCAGUUGGACCGCACGCGAUCCGACAUGCAGGUCGAAAGCUUCCUCGCCAGAGGCAUCGAUCGACUCGGUGGCAGCAGCUUUGCCUCGAUCCACGAGCAAGACGCAGACGCGCAAGACGACAGCAUCAUCGACACCAGCACAGACGCAGCCGACUCCACCAUGGACGCAGACGACACCGCUUUGCAGCUGCCUUCAGCAUCAAGUGGGGCAGCGGAAGCCUCUGAUGACGACGAAGAGCGAGAACGCCAGCGCAUCCUCGAAGCAGCCUUUGAGGACGACGACGUCUUUGACCUCACGCCUUCGACCGAGCAAGGUGCCACCACACGAGGCAAGGUGGCAGGUCGUUCGCGUGUGCUGGGCAGCAAGGAGGUUUCGGGCCUACCGAGCCUGCAAGAGCUAUGCAUCCGCAAGCUUCUCGGUCCCUACGACGUCGCUGAAGCCGAAGCGCAGGGCAUUGCAUCGCCCUUCCUCUCGCCCGUCGUCCAGACUUCGGGUGGGCCUAAACAUCGACGAAGCAGCAACAGCAGCAGAAGCAACUCGCGCACCAACACUCCGCUCUUUGAAGCGCAGCUCAGGAACCGCACGACCUCGUUUGGCUCGAAUCAGUCGCGCACCAAAAGCUUCAGCUCCAAUGGAGGACCUGAGAACAGCAAGUUUGGCAAGAGGGUGCCCACGCUGCUGGAGGCGUACGAGAACGGCACGCUGCAGAGCUUGGUGGGCGAAUUGGGUCACGAGCUGGUGUCGAAGCUCGAGGCGGCUCGACGCAGUGCCACGCAGGACUGGGGCACAAGAGCUCGAAUGCGAAGCACUUCGAAUGCAGCUGCCAGGAGGCACGGUCUCGCGCGCACGCAGUCGGUUGUAGAUGCCUUCCCCGCUGCUACCGCUGACGCCGUCAACGAUGGAAGCGCUUCGCAAACGCAGACAAGGCAAUCCAGCGCAUCGCAAGACGAAGGAGAAGAGUCGUACGACGUCUUUGGCGGAGUCGACGUGGCAGGAUCGCUGGACCGUGGCGACGAUGCAUGCACCAAUCCGUGGUUCUCGCGCUGCCCCAACCCCAAGCACUGCGAAGAGAGGCUGCGCGAAUCGCAGACGGGUGUCAAGCGCACCGGAGACAUUGCUCUGCACCGAGGCAAGCGUGGGUUUGGAUCGACCAGCAGUGUUUCUAGCCUGGGCACCACGCUUGGCGCUGGCAAGGCCGAGGCUGCAUCCAGCGACAUGGAGCGAGUCCCCUCCACUGCUGCCAGCUCGGACAGCGGUGCGACGCCUGCAUCGCCCGUGUCGUCGGUGUCGUCUUCCGUGGGGACAGUCGCAGGCUUCGGCUCCGUGUCUACAUCGUCCGUACCGUCGCGGCCCGAAUCUCAGAUCGGCACAUUCGCAGGCCAACAGGUCCGCUUUGCGCCCAACUCACAACGCAGCUUCACAUCAGCCGGUCUGGGCCGAGCAUGGUCGGCUUCGCGAUCCGCCUUUGGAAACGACCGUGGUAUGGCUCGACCUGCGAGCACCAACUUUGUCCGUGGCUUCUCCACCUCUUCUGCCUUGUCGGCAUCGGGGCUCAAUCGCAGCACGUCGUUCGCGCCCGAGGCGGAAGACUCGCUGGAGCGGGACUGGCCUCUGACGGAGCAGGAGCAUCGCCAGGCGCCCGUGUUCAGCACUCCAGGCGAGACAAGGAUCGAGUGGAUCUCGCACAUCGGUGGUAUCCGGGUGGCCAAGCUGGGUGAAACUCAGGUCGAGCUGGAUGCCGUUCCAGGGCCGGGAGCUGCAGUGGGUGGUGAGGCGGCGCAGCCCAGCAUGAUGGGUGCCAUGAGUGCCUUUGAGAACAAGGACUUGCUUCCCAUUCUUUGGCGAGGGUGCAGUCGAGGAUGUUUGGACUUUCUCGUGUGA